AUGUGCUCUUACGGAUCAAGGUUCGGGCGUUCGAAGACCCAAUGUGCGCGGCAUUACGACUCUAGAAAGAGUAAAGGUGGUCUGGAAGUUCAAAAGCUUUUAGUCAAGCAAAUCUAUUUGGAUGCCAGUACUUCAAUGGCCAAACCCAAAGGAGAUCUUAUAUCUGUCUUUAAGCAGUCUCCCGCCGGCGACGGUCGAACUCGGCAUUUCUCGGGUAAACUUGGGAAACGGAGUUCACUCCUUUUCUCCAUGCACCAGUGGUUCGCAUGUUUGCCUCAUUUGCACGAUAGGCGAUCCGAAUCGGGUGCCUCUGCGUGGCGGAAGUCGAAUAUUCUGCAUUGUGACGAGUAUUUGUUGCUAUCUAGACAGUACUGGCCUCACAUAGAGAUCGACGAUAACUUGUUCGUACCAUUGAGGUCGCCUGACAUAAGAUUAUCGAGAAUACUGCAGCUGUUACAUCCUCCACAUAUUAUCGGAAAGUAUUACAGCUUAGGUAUCCGAGCCGCUGAGGAGGGGCAUAAAGUAACUGUUGAAAGGGAAGGAUGUGCUCGGCCGACUCCGAAUCUUGUGCUUGUGCAGAAAUCUUUCCACCUUGAAGCUUCUGGAGUUCUGAGGUUCUAUUCUCUUUGGGUCUAG